AUGAGAUACUCAUACCAUUUUCAUCAGCCUCCACAGGCUUGGGAGAUGGAUGUGUCUAUGCUAGAGGACCAUCCUUUCUUUGCUCAUCACCAUCCUCCUCCGUAUGAGGACCACUUUGAAAUGAAGCAUGGGAAGUGCUUCAAAGGCAAGAUGCAUAAAGGGGAAAAGGGUAUGAGAGGUAUGGGAGAUGAUGAAUUCCCCGAAAUGCCCAGAUGUGGGUUCGGUGGUCGUGGUGGCCGUGGAGGACGCCACCAUGGUCCUUAUGGUCACCAUCAUCAUCACCACCCGUAUGCAUUUGGAUUUGCUGGUCAUCAUGGCCGUGGAAAAUUCCACCCCCAUCCCCAUGGACAUAGACAUGGACAUGACUCUGACAAUGAGCAUGAGUUUGAACACGGAUUCCACCCGUGGACUAAACAUGGCAGAUCCGGACCCGGCCACCACGGCCGACCUGGCUUCCACCACCCUCACCACAAACACGGUGGUCCAGGUCCCCACUUCCACUCUCGGGGAGACUUUCACCGUCAAGGCCAUGGAGGUCCCAGACAUGAGCGGGGCCUAGGAAAGAAGCAUGGAAAAGGAAAGGGUUUCCAUCAUUUUGACAACAUGCACCAUAUGCACCACAUGCGCCCUUUCAGACGCGGACAUCAUCACUCACGAGACGCAGCCAGUUUCACGCCUUUAGUAGACGUCUUUCUUACAGCCACCCAAACUAUCGUCCAUGCUUCACUUGCUGGAGCUCAAAAGACGAAUCUGAGUGUUGGAUAUGAUGCUUCGCGCUCUCUGCUCCGUAUCGCGGGUGUUGUGCAUCGGCCUGAUGUGGAUGAGGAGAUGUAUAGAACUUUUUUGGUUGCGGAGAGGGGGUAUCUUUUGGGGGUGUUCAAGAGGGAGGUACCUCUUUCUCAUGGAGUGGUAGUUGAGGGGAUUCAGGCUCGACUGGAGGAUGGGGUUUUGAAGGUUAUACUGCCUAGGAUUGAAGGGGAGGAGGUUCAACACGGUAAUGAGGUAGAGGUGGAAAUGGUGAAUGCUGAGAAGGAAUUGUCGACUCCGGAUGAGUCUGAUACUGAAGGAGAAGAGGAAGAAGAACACGAGGAUGAAGGUGAGGAGGCUGAGAAGGAGUUUGUUAAGGUUGAUAUUCAGUGA